AAAUGUUUCCGCCGGGAAACAUUUAAGCGACGCAACUUCCGUUCCACAUGUUCCCGUGACAUUAGCUUUUGCCGACAUUGUUUUAUUAAAAUAAUCUCUUUUUUUGUAAACAUGAAGCUUCUUACGCAUAACAUGCUGACGUCUCACGUCAAGGGCGUAACGAAAGGGUAUCCGCUGCUUAUCAAGGCGACUGAGGUGAAGGUGAACGAGGUGGACUUCAACGCUCAGUUCGUCAGCCGCAUGAUCCCCAAACUUGAUUGGAGCGCUUUGCUCCAAGCUGCGGACGAGUUGGGUCAGCGACAAGACCUGCCCAGUGAACUGAUGACUGACUUUGAGAGCAAUGAGGAGUUCCUCAAGAACGUGCAUAGAGUUCUCUUGGAGGUGGAGGUGAUUGAGGGCUGUCUGCAGUGUCCCGAGUCAGGACGAGAGUUCCCCAUCUCCAAAGGGAUCCCCAACAUGCUGCUCAAUGAAGAUGAGGUGUAGACACAUACACUCUGACAGACUGGACUGUGAGUGCGUGUUCCGAAAAAGGAGGUUUGAGUGUGGAUCGGGUUCACGAUGAGAGAUAAUCGGCUCGUUAAUUUUUACUUUUUGCCAUCAAAAAUGGCCCCAAUUGGACAUUGAACCCCGUGUUGUUUUAUCUGUAUUUAUUUCUGUCAUCUUUUUUUUCCCCGUUUCUUAAUAAAACCCUGCUGAUAUUCCCUUGUCAGCCAGAAGUGCUGUUAGAUUUUUGUUGCAAUUGUUUGUGUGUGCGAGUGAGUGAAUGAAUGCAAGAAUGCGUGCGUGGUGUGAGUUGCCUUAAGAGCGUGAGCCAAUGUGACAAUGUGAGAGUGCGUGUGCGUUAUUGUAGAGAGCACAGAGGUCCAGAUGACGUGGCAGUGGCUCGUCUAUAUUUGGCUCGGAGGAAAAGAGCAGCAGACAGGCUGGAAGUUGUUUUUCACCAUUCCCCCCCCCCCCUUUUUUUUUCUCUCCAUUUUGAAGCCACACAAUCACAGCAAGCAAAACCAGCGGACCCCCCCCCGCCCCCACCCGCAUCUGCUUGGGGUCCCUUUGAGCACAAAAACCCAUCAAGUGCUAUCCGUCUUUAGUAAGGCAAGUUGAAACGAGCACGUAAACAACAUUAUCAUUUUCAAAAGUGGGAGUGGGUGUGUGUGCCUUGACCCAAAACCCGGAGGCAGGACGAGUCCUACCUUUCUUUCCUUCUACUUAAAGCAAUUACAGGCCUGUGCCCACAACUAUAAUGACAGUAUGAUGGGAUUGCCGCAUAGCACCAAUAAAAGCCACACAUGACAGAUUAACAGUGCCGUGCAAAUCCUGAACUGUAAUUAACAAUGAGAUGGCUGGAAGAUAAAGUGGCCUGCUGACUGAUGUUAAAUGCAGAGAGGCACUUAGAGCUGUGGCUUUGAAAUGGCUGCAAUCAACUAAUGCUGUUUAAUUCUACAGCUUCUAUUUAGUUCAGCAUUUUCUGAGGAAUGAGAUUUU